CCCUAGUGUAAACCCGUCUGUGAACAGAGACUACUGAGACUAGACGUGUAGAUAAAAGCUAUCCAGGCUUUUAGGAAAGCCUUGAAAACUAAAUGACUUGCCAUAGAUUAUAGCACUGAUCCAGCCUGCAGCCUCCCUGCAUGGCAAACUUACUUACUGGUCAGUGUUUGAAAGAUCACGCUAAUGUUGUAGUGAGGUCUGGGUUUUUUUUUUGUAAGAUCUGAAUUAAUUUCUUACCACCAUGGUGCUCGGAAAGGUGAAGAGCUUCUUUGUGAGCUACGACUGUCUUAAUGACAGCAAUGUCCCCGUUUUCGCCAGUGGGGACUCGGUGUCAGGGAGAGUUAUCAUCGAGGUCACCGGAGAAAUUCGGGUGAAAUCCUUGAACAUCCACGCCAAAGGACUGGCUAAAGUUCGAUGGACUGAAUCUCGCAAUGCUGGAUCCAACACUGCCUAUACGCAAAAUUACACCGAAGAAGUGGAGUAUUUAAACCACAGAGACAUCCUAAUUGGACAUGAUCGAGAUGAUGAGAACCCUGAAGAAGGACUGACAACCCUUCACACCGGAAGACACGAGUACCCGUUCAGCUUCGAACUCCCUCAAACGGCCCUGGCCACCUCUUUCGAGGGGAAGCACGGUAGCGUGCGCUACUGGGUGAAGGCAGAGCUGCACAGGCCGUGGCUGUUGCCCAUGAAAGUGAAGAAGGAGUUUACUGUCUUCGAGCACAUCGACAUCAACACUCCGCUCCUGCUGUCUCCCCAGGCAGGCACCAAGGACAAGACUCUGUGCUGCUGGUUCUGCACCUCUGGUCCCAUCUCCCUAAGUGCCAAAAUCGAGAGGAGAGGCUACACUCCUGGCGAGUCGAUCCAGAUCUUCGCCGAGAUCGAGAACUGCUCGUCUCGCGUGGUCGUGCCAAAGGCAGCCAUCUACCAAACCCAGACCUUCUAUGCCAAAGGGAAAGUGAAGGAGAUCAAGCAGCUGAUCGCCAACCUGCGGGGAGAGCCUCUGCCCAGUGGGAAGACCGACACCUGGAACGGCAAGAUGCUCAAGAUUCCGCCAGUCUCACCCUCCAUCCUGGACUGCAGCAUCAUCCGGGUGGAGUACUCGCUCAUGGUGUACGUGGACAUCCCAAGAGCCAUCAACCUGUCGCUGAGCCUCCCACUGGUCAUCGGGACCAUCCCCCUGCACCCGUUUGGCAGCAGGACAUCCUCCGUCAGCAGUCAGUGCAGCAUGGCCAUGAGCUGGCUGGGCAUGGCACUGCCUGAGAGACCAGAAGCUCCCCCCAGCUACUCGGAGUGUAUCAGCCAAGAGCAGAGACCUAGCCUGGACCUCACGGCGGCACGCGAUGAACUGGAGGGUCCGCUGUUCGCCUACAUCCAGGAGUUCCGCUUUCAGCCACCACCACUGUACUCCGAGAUUGACCCCAAUCCAGAGCCCGGCUGCUGGACCGAGGAGAGGCGUCCGGACUUGUGUCCGUCUCGCUGAAGCGUCCCCUGCUGCCUGUCCAGAGUUGUCAGGCUGUUUUUCUCCUCGAAACUACGACGCCUCCUCUAUCUCCACACCCCAGCCCAGCGCGGGCCCAGGGACUCAGAGACCCUGCAGGAGACCAGAGCUUCCCCUACAGAGGCAGCCCAGGAGUCUCCACCCAACCCGAACAAGCCUGCUCGCCCAGCCGAACCCGAACCCGGGCCGGAACCACAACCCGGUCCUUGGCCCGCUCGCAACCGGCUGGCACACGAUUAGGCACCUGCUUGCCCAUGGAGGGGACUACCCACUGAUGGUUUAAACUGUGGCACACGCUGAACGACAUAUUAUUACUAUUACUUUACUAUUAUUUUUUUGUUGUUGCCUGAGCAAAAACUGAAAGAGAAAUUGUGCCCUUGUCUCCUCCCUCCCUUCUAUGCCCCCUUGUGAUCCGCUCCGGAUCACCAUGGACACCACCAGGCCUGCGUUACGAUGCGUUGCGUUGCGCAGGGCAACAGGGUUGGAGACACUCCUCCUGCCUCUGAAAAACGAUUUUGCACAUCUUGAGUUUUUCUCUUUUUGUUGUCAACGUUGUUCUUGUUGUUUAGCAGCAGGGUUUGUGUGGUUCACUCCUAAAGCGCCACUGUUAGUGCAUCCAGUGCCCAUACGCUCUAGAACAAGACUUGCGGGCUUUAGGCCGUAGAGCCCAAGUAGAAGUCGAUCGGGUUGCGCAAACCGAACGAAAGACAAUACAGAGAACAAAAGAAGAGAAAAGACGCUCCAGAGGAGCGCAAAAGAAGAGAAGAGGCUAUCUUUUUUUUUUUUUUUGUUGUUUUAAAUCGACCAGCUGUCUGACUGACUAGAUAAGUAGUAGCCUCUUCGACAGUGUUUUUCUUUUUUAUUUCUAGAAGCUUCCCAGCUGGUCGUGGUUGUGUGUGUGUGAAGUGCAGGAUGUGUUUGCAGAGCUGAACUGUAUGGUCAGGGAUCAGAGGGAGGGGGUGAAAAGAGAGAAGGACUCCUUCCUCCUCCUCCUCCUCCUUCUCCUCUUCCUCCUCCUCCUCCUCCUCUUGAGGGGUGUGGGAUGAGACACAAUCGCGCCCUGUGCCUUUGAGCUGUCCUCGCACACCACGUUGCCUUUCCACAGAGCUCACACACACACACGUGCGCAUCACUGUCCCAUCAAUCUCUCUGUCUCUCUCUCUCUCUCUCUCUCUCUCUCUCUCUCAGGUGUUCUGCUCACUUGCCAAACUUUUAAGACGAGAGGUGACACACGCUCACCCUUUCCCUCUUGCUCGCUCUCUCUCUCUCUCCCUCUCUCUCUCUGUCUCGAUCUUAACUGCGCUGUCAGUCAACACAAAAGGCAGGAUACCGAGAGAAGUGUCAGGAAAACCCUGCACAAAGAUGAUGCGAGAGAAAAAAAAAACAAAAACGAAUGACAUUCCUCUUUUAGUCCUAAUUCUCUCGUUACUCGACGAAAUGACUCCUACAGAUAGUCAUGGAUGACGUCGAGUCUACGGUGACCCGGACAUGAGUUGAACUAGACUGUACCAUUAAAGCACAGUUGAAUUAAAGCGAAGCGCAGAGCGUGCUCCUCGAUGAGUUCUACAUUAGUUUUUCACACUCAUUCGAUGACGCGCAAGACAAGUUGGAGUUUGGCUUUUUCAGCCUUAACUGUAAUAAGCACUUUUAUUUUGUUAUUGUGAGUGUGUGCGAAAUUAAUCACACCAUAUGAAAGCAUUGCAACUACGCGGGCAUGAUUUAGUAAAACAAAUUAGGUAGACUUUUGUCUUUUUUGUUUAUUCAUGAAAGUUUACAAGUUGUUUUGUGUGUUUUUUUUUUUUUUUUUUUUUCGUUUUUUAUGGUGACCAUGUCUAUGUGCUUUUUUGAUGAACGAAAUGUUACUCAAGACAGUGCAGCUCUCUGUUGAGACGAUUGGAAGACAAACACAUGCCUGCGUGGCCUUGGCACAAAUCCUUUUCCUCGAUUCAAGCUCUUUGUUGUUAAAGACUACGUGCUUAUCAGCCAGGUUUUGUUCUCUGGGUUUUCUCAUCAGGCUAUUGCAACUCUCAGUCAAAAAAGGGAAUAAUUAUCGUCUCGACAGCAUUUAUUUUGUGGCUGAAGCCGCGUCCUUUUGCGUUUCUCCUCCCGUGGUCUGCACGCAUGCAUGGGUUGCCGACUUGCUCACAGGCAGUUUUGUUGUGACAGAUGCUUCAUUAGCCGCGUGGCUUAGCUCUUUAAGUUACUAUGUUGACUUGCACGCCCCUUGAAAGGUCGAGCACGAAAAGCGUGAAUGCACUUCUGAAUGAUAUAGCUCCAUACAUAGGUAUAUAUACACAUAUCUAUGGCUCCAUACCUGACGAUGACACAAGAUUUUGUUUAUAUUACCUCCCGAGUGUGAAUUAAGCUUAUUCUAAGUUUUAGAAACAAAAAAAGUGCAAUAUUAUUUUAGUAUAUAUAUAUAUAUUUCCACUAUUUGUACAGUUUCAUAUCUUUUUUUUGUUUUGUUUGUUUUCUGCUUAAUAUUAUCAUAUUUUGUCUGUAUUAUGCCAGUUGAUGAAUGUUAUGUUACAAUUUUGUUCUUGAUCUUCCUUGUUUUCAAAUAAAUAAGCCAUUUUUGAAA